UAGGGAAUGGCGUAGUACGACGACGGCACUAACGGAUAAGAAAAGAUUUGAAUGCUCAAACUGCGUCCACACACACACACUCAUGCAAAUGGCCAAUUACUCGAAAGCCCACAUCUGCCAAUGCAUGAGCCGCGUCUCGGCGGCCCGCCGGAGCUCGACGGUGACGAUAUCCGGGGACAGAAGAAAGACCGGCGCACAGUUCGUGGACGGGAUUUUGAGCCUCGCGCUUGGGCUUCGCCAACUUGGCCUUCAGCCCGGUGAUGUGGUCGCCAUUUCUGCUCUCAACAGGUUGAAGUCUUGAAGAUGAAGGUAUUUUAAACUGUUACACAUUGCUUUGUAACAGUGAUUUAUAUUUGGAAUGGUUACUUGCGGUUGCAUAUGCUGGAGGAAUUACUGCUCCAAUCAAUUAUCGCUGGAGCUUGGAAGAAGCAAGUGAGGCCGUGAAGGUGGCAAGGCCUACAUUAUUGGUCACAGACUCAGCGUUGAAUUUCUGGCACUCCAAGUUUGAUAUAGACUCUAUAUCUUCACUAAGAUGGCAUGUCUCAAUUGACAUCCCUUUCGGAGUGGAAAGCACUUGGAAUGGGUUGACUACAAAAAAGCUUAAGAACCGCAAUAACAUAUCUUUAGAAACUAAUUAUAUGUGGGCCCCUGAGGGAGCUGCUAUAAUAUGUUUUACCUCAGGAACCACUGGCAAACCUAAGGGAGUUACUUUAAGCCACUCUGCUUUGAUAGUACAGUCCCUUGCAAAAAUCGCAAUUGUUGGUUACCGAGAGGAUGAUGUGUAUUUACACAUGGCUCCACUUUGCCACAUUGGUGGAAUGUCAUCUGCCAUGGCUGUGUUAAUGGCUGGAGGCUGUCACAUUUUAAUACCCAAGUUUAAUGCUGGAUUGGCUGUUGAAUCCAUUCACCAAUAUGCUGUCACCUCUUUAAUUACUGUUCCAGCUAUGAUGACUGAUCUAGUAUCAUUUUACAGCAGAAAAGGGGAAUCGGAAGGGUCACCAACAGUGAAGAAGAUACUUAAUGGAGGUGGAGCUCUUUCAGUUGAGCUUAUCAAUCAUGCUGCUAAAAUAUUCCCAAGAGCUAAACUUAUAUCCGCGUACGGGAUGACAGAGGCAUGCUCUUCUAUGACAUUCAAGACUCUCUAUGACCCAGCAAAAGAAAGUGUUAGACACGCGCUCCAAUUAAAUAAUGAUAGGGACUCCAAUUCGGCAAGUCAACAAGAAGGCAUCUGUGUUGGAAAGCCUGCCCCACAUGUUGAAUUAAGAGUUUGUGCAGAGAGUUCAUGUCGUAAUGGGAGGAUACUAACACGAGGCUCUCAUGUAAUGCUUGGAUACUGGGGCCAGAUAUCAAACAAAACUUCCAAAUUUGCUGGUGAAAACUGGCUUGACACAGGUGACAUUGGUCAUAUAGAUGACCAUGGCAAUAUCUGGCUCAUUGGGCGUUCCAAGGGUCGAAUCAAGAGUGGAGGAGAAAAUGUUUAUCCUGAAGAAGUAGAGGCUGUCCUGUCACAACAUCCUGGUGUUUCUGGCAAUGUAGUUGUUGGACUUCCAGAUUUGCGCUUGGGAGAGAUGGUUGUUUCCUGCAUUCAGCUCAAAUGCAAUUGGCAGUGGGAUGAUUUAAGCUCCAGCCCUCCAUCAGUUAACUACUUGUCUGCUGACAUCCUCCGCUGCUUCUGUAAAGAAAAACAAUUGACUAGGUUUAAAGUACCAAAAAGAUUUAUUAGGUGGAGGAAUCAGUUUCCAGUGACGACAACAGGCAAAAUAAAAAGAGACCAAGUCAGAGCAGAACUCAUGUCUAAUAUGCAGUCAAUGUCCAGCAAAUUAUAGAACAUAUUUCUUGCAGUCUGUAAUAAAUUAUAGAGAAAGGGGUCAAUUAGACCCUUCCACAAUUGUACUAAUCACAUUAGCCAAAAAAACGGAUGAUGACCAUUUUUUCUUUUUCUUUACUCUCUCAUUCUUCUUC